AUGUCGUCAGCGGAUUUGUUUAAGAAGUUUACUCUGCAGAAUGUUGCACAAAUUGCGAACAUCAGCCAUAAGGAGCAGUCGCAGGUGCGAAAGGAUUUGGCGGAGCAGUACCCGCAGCUGGAAGAAUUUUGGGAAGAGAUAAUGCCCAAAAAGUCGGAUGUCAUGCUGGUGCGUUGCCACGAUCAGGUCCACUGCGUCACGCUUGUCAGUGCGCAACCGGAGGUACUUUUCUUUAACCACCACAAUGGGCCCUACAUCCCACACCUGAAACUUCUUCACAAGUACCCCUUCAUACUUCCACGCCACCAAGUUGACAUUGGGGCCUGCAAAUACGUCGUCUCGGGGGCAAACAUCAUGUGCCCAGGACUCACCUCCAACGGGGGUUACAUCACGCCGAACAUUCCUGCCGGGCAGGUGGUGGCGGUGUACGUGGAGUCCAAGGAGCAUGCCGUGGCGAUCGGAAAGACACUCAUGUCCUCGGAAGAAAUUGAGAGGGUGAAUAGCGGCCCCUGCAUCGAAAACAUCCACCACUUGGGAGACGGCCUUUGGAUGAAUCGUGUAUUAAGUGCCUCGCACAUUGGGGCCCGCUGA